AUGAAAUCGGUUCUUAUCUCGUCUCUCGUGACGGGAGUUGCUCUCGCCGGCCCCCUUCAGGCCCGAGAUGCCGUCACAGCGCAGGUCAAUUUUGCCAAUAACACGGGGGCACCGCAGCAUCUUGCUUCGGGACUUCUCUACGGUCUCCCAGACACCCCGAACCAGAUCCCUGCUCACUUCUAUACCGACAUUGGGUUUAACUAUGAGCGAGCGGGAGGCGCUCAAGUCCCUUCUCCCGGACGCGGUUGGAUCUGGGGGGUUACUGAAUACCAGAACCGCUUUGCGUCGGCCCUGUCUAACUACAGAACAGCUCGCCAGCACGGCGCCACGUUCAUCUUCCUCAUCCACGAUCUCUGGGGUGCGGAUGGCGGCCAGAAUGCAUCUGCCCCGUACCCCGGCGACAACGGCGAUUGGACGAGCUGGGAUACGUAUCUCACACAUCUCUUUGAGGAUAUCCAGAAGAACGACAUGACUGAUGGACUAGUCAUUGAUAUCUGGAACGAACCCGAUCUGAGCAUCUUCUGGAAGCGAACCCAGGAGCAGUACCUCCAGAUGUGGGGGAGAACCUUCCAUCGAUUCAGAUCCGAAUUCAGCAACAAAGUCCAACUCUCUGGCCCCGCGUCGGCCGCCGAACCACUCGCCAGCAGUACCUGGUGGCAGGCCUGGGCAUCCUUCGUCGCCAGAAACAACAGCAUCCCCGACCAAUACGCCUGGCACAUGGAAGGCGGCGGAGGCGAUCUGCUCUCCACGCAUGCCGGGCUGCUGCACUGGCAGAAGACCUACGGGCUCCCCUCACGACCGAUCAACAUCAACGAAUACGCGAUCCUCACCGAGGAAGUACCCGCCGGCUCGGCCUGGUGGAUAUCCCAGCUGGAGCGGAUCAACGCGCACGGCCUGCGCGGCAACUGGCUGGGCGGGUACCAGCUGCAUGAUUUCAUGGCGAGUCUGCUGGGCAAGACCAAGGUCGGAGCCGACUAUGAUCCCACGGGCACCGGGUACUACCCCAACGGCGACUACCAGGUGUACAAGUACUACAACCAGAAGAUGACGGGGCACCGGGUCGGGACUCUGCCCUCGUCGGACCUCAAGCUGGAUGCGUAUGCGACGGUGGGCGAGGAUGGGUACGCGCGCGUGCUGGUCGGGGUGCGCAAUACCAAGGGGACCUGGCAGUUGCAGUUGAAUAAGCUGUCGGCGCUGGGUCUGCCAGCGAGUGGAACGUUGAAUGUUCAUACCUGGGGUUUCCCCGUGGGCGCGGAUGUGCAUUAUGGGAGGGUUGAUGGGCCGACGGAUCUGGGUUGGAAUGGACACCAGUACUCGGGCGACAGCGUCACGUUUCCCAUUUAUCAGACGGACACGACGACGGCGUAUGCAUUUGAGUUUGCGAUCUGA